AGGGUGACAAAUUAAGACCUUAGGACGAUGUGCAUUUCUCCGCGUGCCGGCUGUAUGGCUUAAAAUCGCCGGCCAUGAUUGAGGGUAUAUAACACGAAGUGGUGGACGAGGUGGUGGAGUCAAAUCAGUCGGUCGAUCGGUCGGUGAUGUUAGGCAAGUAUCGGGGGACGAUAUCAUUUCAAUGAGAUAAGCAUACACAGCACUGUACUGUACAGCAGUACUGUGUAGGCCCAAUAAUAACACGGACACAGGCACACUCGUCGUCGUCGUGUUAUUGUUGUUGUGCGGAUAAGAUGCCGUUGGUGAAGCGCCGAGUGCAGCCGGUGCACUUGUUCCGCGCAUCGUCCUCGUCGGCGUCGACGUCGACGUCCGGUGCCAGUGCCGUGACGGACGACCGAGAAUUCGUCGUCAACUCGGGGUUCUGUGGCCUCCUGCGACAGCUGGCCCACGUCACUCUGCUGGCCGACAGCAUUUUCGCGGAGGUUUGUGACGAAGUGCGGAGUCUGGACGAGCGCAGCAAGAGUGUGGCUGACCGAAUAGACGCCGUGCACUCUGUCGCCUACAGCCUCGACGCCAAGGCCGUCGUCGUCCCCCCUUAUUAUGCGCACAUUCGUGUGCCAAAUAUCCCAUCGCCUCACGUGUGGGAGCCGAGCCGAGCCGAGCCCAGCCCAGCCGAGUCGAACCGGACCGAGCGAGAACCAGUAGGCCCGAAGGCGGAAAACGCCACGAGUCGUGUCUUCCGGUGGAUUCGAUUGUUGACGGCCCAUCCGUUGACUUCCGGUCAAACAGGCCGGCCAGCUGCCUCUUUUCCGCCGAGAGCGAGACACACAAUUGAGGUUGCGCUCUUGUUCUACGCUUUUCUGCUUGGUUGGGCGUCGUCAAACCGCCGACCGCCUGGCGUGUGUACAUGGUGCUGGUGCUGGUGGUGGUCUCCGCCAGGACAUUUAUCUCAAUCAUCAUCAUCAUCAUCACCACUGACUAGACUAUUAAUAGAUUCGGUGGAGUAUACGAAACAAGAAGACACGAACGAGGAGGAGGAGGAGUGGUGGGGAAUUUUCGGCUGGUACUCCCCGGAACUCGCAGCGAGAUUCCAGGGCGACGGCGUUUUGGUUGUUUGCCUGCUUGCUUGGCGCCAACGACUCUCGACUGUAGAUGACGGUAAAUCCGUUUGGGAAAAUCGCGGGGAAUCUCAUUCCUCAGCCCCCACCGUUGCUGAAAGUUCGUUGGAAGAGUUCAGCAAACGGAAGCAGCACUUUAAGGGCAGCUGGCGGAAAUUGGAAGCCGAAAGCAACGGGUCGAACCCGAGGCUGGACUUGUUCCGAGACGACGCAAGCGAGUUGCUGGACAUUGAAACUCUCAAGCCGGCGUGCUUCGACCAGUUGCCGGACUGGGAGCCGGGUCUCGACGACGUGCUGGACGGCGUCGGUGGCGGCCACCGGGUCGCCGUCAGUGGCGACGACGAUGUGUCAGAUUCCGGCCAUUCCCUCGACUGUGUCGUAUGCAAAUUGCCGACGCCGCAGGACAGACUCAGGGUACUGGUGCACAAGUGCCCGCCUGACGACGUCUUCGUCGACAUCAGUGGCACCGGCUUCGACAGAAUGACGGAGUUUCGACGGUCGCUGAUCCACUUUGACUACUGCAAGCGGAAGAAGAAGCGACGGCGGAGACGGAGAAACACGAUUGCCGGCGACGAAGCCGUCGGAAGUGAUGCCGACCAGCACCGAGUCGACGGAGGUCAAGCGAAGCUGAAAAGUCAGAAAACCAGGUCAACCAGAGACGGCACUUUAUUGCGACGACAGGUACGAUCAAUCGGCGAAGUGGAGCUGACGAGGGAUUCGGCCUCGGAACUUGGAGUCGCCGUGCUAGUCCACGAACACCCGCCUCAACCAGCAGUACCUCCAUCGCCGCCGCCGCCAUCGUCGACGUCUUUGUUGUUGUUGGAGAGCAAAGUCCGCCCUUCCGCCGCCGUCAUCGGGGACGACGGCGCCCGAAGCAGUUCCGGCGCCUGGACUGGCUCGGGCUCGGCCGACAGCGACGUGAGUGCCCACACUUCGGUCGAGUCCGAGGCGGCGCCACCACCACCACCACCACCACCACCACUGCCACAUCUGUCGCUGUCAUCACACUCGACGCGGAAACCGCUCGACGACGUUCCGUUUAUUGACGACGGCCACAACGACGACGACGACGCUGACGAGCAAUCGUCCGUCUACUCCUGCGACACUGAGGGCUACUACACGUCGUUCCACGUGGACACUGGCAUCAGUAAAUCCGUCGCCGCUCCUCCUGCCGCCGUUUUUGGUCACGCCACCCAUGCCACUAACUCCCGUGGCCCAAAGAAGGUGCCGCCUCCUCCCCCCAAGCGGACUUGCUCUCUGGAACGCCACUCGUCCACUCGGAGCGCCAAUAAUAAUAAUUCGAACCCCAAGAGCAACCGCGACAGUCUGGUGACCGUGAUCGACGUGAGCAUGAGCCCGACUGCGAGUCCCAACAUGAAGAUGAACAUGAACAUGAGCAUGGACAUGAAUGCUGAGACCACCAGCAAUAAUGUCAACGACAGUGUGGAAAGCGGGCCACUCGAGCUGUCCGACUUGGACACCCCCGCCCGCGUGGACGACUUCAAGUCCAAGACCAGCAUGACGGCUCACCGCAUCCCGUCGCUGUGUGCCAUCACUCCUACGCCUACACCUACACCGACGCCGCCACACAGCGACGACGACGAUAGCAACAACAACAACAACAAGAGGGCGUCGACGACGACGUCGUCGUGGCUGGGAGACGGCUCUAUCCCAGACCUGGUGCCCAAGCAGCCCGUGAACAAUGUCUCCGACCCGUCUUCUUCCUCCUCUGCCGCAUUCCUCCUGCUGUCAUCUGCAUCACGGACGCUUCCAUUCCCCGCGACGGCGGCGGCGGCGAAACACAUCGUGAAGGCGUCCGUGUCGCCGUCCAACUCGCUGGAACGGCGUCGCGGAGGAGCGCGGGUCACGUUGGGGGCCAAUGGGGAAGUGGUGCAAUCGACGGGAAGUCUGACGAGACCCGGCAACAGCAGCAGCAAUGGCACCAGCAUUGGGGUGUCUAAUGCGGGGGGUUAUUGCAAUACCAGCAGUAAGGGGGUUACCAUCGCUACUGCUGUUGGGGCUGUGAAGACGUCUCUGGAGUCGGCGUCGGCGUCGACGUCAUCAACGUCGGUGUCGAGCAGUGACACGCUCAAAGACGACGACGGCAACACUCCAGACUUGUUGUUGGACAAGGAGACUGAUAAAAGCCUGGGUUGCAAGGGUAGUGGGGGGAAGGUCUUUCGAAUCGAGCCUGUCAAGUCUACGAGCAUCAGGGCCAUGCCGCUUUUCAGAGGCGACAUUCGCGACAGAGGAGCAGUAGCAUCCGCCGCCCAGAAGCAGUUGCUGAUGGACGCCCCUCUGAAGAGUCAAGUGGCGGCCAGCCUCAAGACCGACGGCUACGUGGUCCGCAGCCUGGUCAAGUCGCCGCCGCCGGGCGUCUACCAGAAGCUGGCCCGCGAACACGAGUCCAGGUCGACAGGGCUGGCGACGUCGAGUAGUCCCACGACUGCCUCCUCCACCAGCACCACCACCACGGUCGACCAAUUUCGCACCCUGUCGCAGAGCAUCGGCGUCCCGACAACCCUGUGUCCACUGAGAGGGUUCCCUCACCACCAGCAGCAACAGCAGCAGCAGAGGCACCACUUUUUGUCUUCAGCUGCACCUGGUGCAUCGUCGUCCAAGUCCUUUCAGCCGACACAACCCCCGAGGCUAUUUACAGACGCCGAUUACGGCUUCGGCACCACCAAUAAUAAUAAUAACAAUCGAAGCGUCGAUAAUGCCUGUACUGACGCCUCCAGCACCUUAUUGACGCCGGAGUCGCCCAAGAACGACGUCUCCGAUUCCUUCUUUGCGCCGCUGCAUUCCUCGACGCCGACGUCGACGGCGACGGUUUUCGCCAAGUUGUCAACAUCGACGACGACGGCAACGAAUGACGGGAAUGUGUCGAGUGCGACGACGAGUCCCGAGUCGACGCGAAGUUCGAGUCCGUGUUCCCUGGGUUCCACUGGCAGUUUCGACUUUGAAUUCCGCGGCGGCGGCGGUCGGAGGAAUUCUUGGGCGCAUCCCGAGUUCGGGACACAUGCGCAGCAGCAGCAGCAGCAGAUGCAGAUGCAGAUGCAGAUGCAGCAUCGGUUUCCAGUUGGUAGUGGGCAAUUGCAAUCCGCAAGUCUGCCACGAUUCGUCUCGCCGAGUCAGCAGCAGCAGGCCAAUAAGAGGAUGAGUUGGGCGGCAGGAACCAAGGCCACGGUAGGAGGGAACAGCCCGGGAACCUCGCUGCAAGACUUCAAGAAACUACUCGCCAAACACGGGCCGAACAUGAACCAGAAGGUCUCUGCUGUCGAACUUUUGAAGUACAAACCACCGAGUCAGCCGAUCGUCGGGGACCCGAGGAACAAGCAGAGGCUCUUGUCCAUCGCGUCUCGCAUGGGAUUGCGUUCAGCUUCCAAGUUUCGACCCCCGAAAACCGACGUGCUUUCCUGCACGAUCCCCGAGGACGAAUUCGAAGUAUCUCCAAACAGUCCCAUCAAACUCCAGGUCUCCUCAGAAAAGUUGCAACAGGCCUCGCACAGCGACGACACCCUGAACAACAACAACAACAACAGCAACAACAAUUCUACCACAACAACUGAUGAGCACUCAGUCACGUUGGACAGUUUGUUGGAGUCGUCUCUGGACGAGGACCUCGGCUCAGGGACAGCAGUCGACAGCAACAGCGGUGGUGGCAGCGGAAACUCGUCAGCCGUGUCGAGUCGGUCGUCCAGUGCCACCGACGAUGUUGUCAACGGCAACUUUUCCAACAUCAAGGACGACUCGGAUGAGGAGAAGGUUUCAUUCGAGACCCACUUGUAGCAGGGUAAACAUAAAACAUUGCUGAUUUCGUUCUGCUUUGCUUCUGUUGUUGUUGUUGAUGAUGAUUUUGCACGGGUCUAUUAAAUCGAGAGACGAUGUUCUUGUGCAGCAUGUGCGCGGGAACGAAAUAAUUUUGACAAGCACCUGUUUCCUUUCGGGGCGAAAGGUCAGUUUGACAACAGGUAGAGUUAUGGUAGAACGAAAACGAAAAAAUUGACGGAAGAAGCAUGCAGAUGAUGGUUUUGCUGCCUUCGGGAUCGUAGCUUUUCUUGAUCGACGCGUUAUCUUGCUGCAUUGCAGAAAUGAAAUGUCGUCAUCGUUCAUUGUUGUUGAUGAUCCGACUGUGUUCCGACGAUGAUUAGAGAAAUGCCUCCUUUUUUUAUUGAUGACCGUGUGUGUCUUCCCGCAGUCAAUAUCAAUCGAGUCAUUCAUUCGCUCUCUGAUGCCUUUUCCAAAAGAUGCUUCCGUCGAAUACGGUUUCUUUUUUUCUUUUUUUUUGGCUUGAAAAUUGAUCCGAGUUGUGAGUCAAUGAAUGGACGAAAUGUUUUUGUGCUGGGUUAUUUUUUGCAGCUCGGGAAACCUGUGCAGGACAUUCGUCUUCAAGUGUUUGAAAUGUGAGGAUACAUGCAGUUGUUGUCUUUUUUUGACUGAGCAAA